AUGAUGGCAGCGCCGGAGCCGGAAGUGAUGUCCUCUGCCGCAGUACCCACCGAUUUGGAGUGGUUUGACAAGGCCAAGCAGACGCAAGUUUCCGAGCUAGAACUCGCCCAAGGACCUCCCAACCCAUCGGAAAGCUUUUGCCCCCGAGACUGCAUUGUGCCCGUCGUGUUUUCCGGGCCUGUGAGCCAGGAAGGCUGCUGCCGGUUUACUUGUGAACUUCUAAAGCAUAUCAUGUACCAACGCCAGCAACUCCCUCUGCCCUAUGAGCAACUUAAACACUUCUACCCAGAAUCUCCUCAGGCAGAGGAUGCGGUGAGGAAGAAACCUUGGUCUGCCGCUGAGGCAAACAACAAGAAAUCUCAGCAGACCCUGGCAGAACUGGAGAGCGUCUUCAGCCACCUGGAGAGCCUCUUUGCCCGGACCCUGGUACCACGAGUGCUGAUCCUCCUUGGGGGCAGCACUCUGAACCCCAAGGAGUUCUGUGAGCUCGACUUGUCCCAACUGGUCUCAGACAGCGAGGAACAGAGCCUGAGCACAGCAGCUUGUUUGCGCUAUCUCUUCCGAGCCAUUUUCAUAGCUGAUGUCUUCAGUGAACUUCAGACUCCUCCACUUAUGGGUACCACCAUUAUGGCACAGGGGCAUCGCGACUGUGGAGAAGAUUGGUUUCGACCUAAGCUCAACUACCGACCCCACUGUCUCCCAGCCGACUUUGAUUUCCACUCGGCUUCGUCCCCUCCGCGCUGCCGCCUCUCGCACCCGGCUCUCAGGAUUGCCUCUUUUCAAGGUCCUACCUGUAUCUUCCUGCCACUGGCCACUGGCCCUGUUCCCAAAGUCCCGUUUGGUCUCAUUCUUAGAGAUUCACACUCCUCACUCUUGAGGAGUCUGGGACAGCGUCUCAGCUUCAACCGAUGCUUCCUCCUGGAGGUGGAUGAUGAGGCCUGUACGUUGGAAGAGUGGAAUUUUCUGGCUAUUUAUUCUAAAGUCAUACUUCUUGGUUUCUUGCACUGA